AGACUCCUCUAACUAUUUGUGUGGCCCCGCCCCUCACCACCUGGACGGUGAUGUCACCUAGCAGGUGUCUUCUGUCCUCCUCGGGACUCAUUUUGUGUUUAUUUCGGACACGUUUUUCCCCUCUGGUCCUCUGUAACCAUGGAGAACAGAGAAACUUCCGGGAGCUCAAACACAAACCGUUAGCGGUUUUUGCUAACUAAUCGUUACGUUAAAGAUGGCGCCCACCGAGCCGCGGGAAGGUCCGGCUCUGUUCGGCGGUGUGCGCAGGUUCCUCCAGGUGCUCGGCGAGCGUGCAGCGGAGUAUCCGGCGCUUCAGCUGGUCGCCAGGGCUGUGUUCGGAGCGAUGAGCGGUUUAGUUUUGUUCCUGGGAAUCGCCCACAACCUUCCUCUGACCUUUGACCUGAAGCUGGUGGUGGGAGCUGUGUUUGUCGGUGUGUGUGCCGUAGGAGGAGCUCUGGCUUCAUUCCUCAGGUGUGCGGUCCUCCUCAUGUUGCCCAGUAUUCUGGGCUCCCGAGGUCAAGCCUACCUGAUGAUCCUGAUCACGUCCAUUCUGUACCAAGGUCCGAUCUCCAACAUCCAGCGUAACGCCGAGGAGGCUGCUCUGUCUCUGAGCUGUAAUCUGGACCUGCAGGUCAAUCACAGCAGGAUGUUGUGGAGACACGCCAUCAAACCGUUUAUUCUCAUCACCCAGGAGCUCAUGGACAAUAAAGACCAGUUUCAGUCGGAGGCUCUGAACGUCAGCGCCAGGUUCCAGAACAUCAGGAAGGAAGUGGCGUCUCAGUACGGUUAUGACCAGGUCCGGUCCAGACCAGGUGGGAACAGCACCCAGGAGCGGUUCACCUCCAAGACCAGGAUGCAGUGUGACAGUGUGGUGAACGAGGGCGUGCAGCGCUGUGCUGAUUGGUUCAACAGCAGGUGGGCGGAGUGUAUGACACUGAUACCUGUCCCCGUCAUCAACCACAUCCUCUGCGUGUGCAUGAAGUUCCACUUCCUGUGUGACGUCAUGAGAGUCAUGACACCGUGGUGUCGGGAGCAGAUUCCUGUGGAGGGGAACUUCGGUCAGCUGUUCGAUCGGCUCAACGUCUCCGUGGACCAGCUGUCCAGGGAGUUCAGCACGGAGCUGGUCCUGCAGGAGCAGCAGCAGGAGGUGUUGGAGGGAGCGGGGUUGGAUCAGAACUUCACUCAGGCCGUCAGGCAGUCCUUCCUCAUCCUGUCCAACACCAUGGACACGGUGCUGCACGUCCUGCAGAUGAUUCUGUCCUUCACCUUCAUCACUGUCUUCAUUCAGGGGUUCAGUUACCUGCGCUCGUAUCAGAGAGACAUCUGCUUUGACAACGUCUACGUCACUUCCUACUUCAGAAAGAUCGACGCCCGCAGGAGACGAGCGGGGAAACGCUUCCUGCUGCCCCUGAAGAAACCAGAGAGAAAGAAGUUCAUCCACCCCUGGAGUCCGAGAGUUCACCCUGAAGAGCUGAAACAAGUGGUAGUCACCAUGUGGACAUCAGAGUGGGCGGAGACUCCAUGAUAGCCCGCCUCCUGAGAACAACAAUUUCAGGCUUCAACAGUUCAUCUGAUGUGAACAUUGAGAGUGAUAACAGAGUGUGUGUGUCGCCCCCCUCCCCCCUCCCUGGCGGUGUGUACGUCAGCUGUGUGUGUUGUGUCGUGAUGGUGGUGCUGUUCAGCUGCCUUCAGGUUUACACCAACCGGCUCCGACGGGUCAUCGCUGCCUUCUACUACCCCAAGCGGGAGAAGAAGCGAGUUCUGUUCCUCUACAACCUGCAGCUCCACAGACAGAUCUCCUCCUGCGACAGGAAGAGGAGGAGCCGCCUAGGGCCGAGGACGGUGUUCCAGCGCCUGAGCAGGUGGGGGCGUGGCAUCUUCCGUCACAAACAGGAAGUGUUCGACACAGAGGAGACGAAUUACGCCGGUGGUUAGGAGGAAGCUGGAGGGACACGUCCCGCUCCUCGUCCUGAUCAGAUAAAGUGUCUCUGAUUGAAAAGUCAGAA